AUGUUAGGCCAGGUGGUGAAGGUUCGAAAAGAGGAAAUAGCGGCAUGCAUGACUUGUCCUCUUUGCAACAAGCUCUUUAGAGACGCCACUACUAUCUCCGAGUGCCUCCAUACUUGUUGUUCUCCACUUGAGAAGCUCAGGGCUGACCACAGCUUGCAAGAUUUAAGGGCCAAAAUCUUCCCUUCCAAAAGAAAAAAGGCCAAGGAACCUGAUACAGUGUCCUCAGUCCCAGAAGAUGUCCAGUCGGUCCCAGAAGCUGUGCCAGCAGUCCCUGAAGCCAUGCCAGUCCCAGAAGACGAGUCAGUUCCAUUGAUAGGAAGAAGAAAAGAGAGAUCCCUCUCCUCAUUGGUAGUCAGCACACCUAAGAUAUCUGUCAAGUCUGUUCUGACGGGAAAAAGAUCAAAAUCUAUAGCUAGAAAACGAGAAUCUCCUGUUCCCAUUGAAGAACAAGUUAAGAAAGUGGACAAUUACUAUGAGAGUUUAAGCUCACCUGAGACUCUAACCAAACUUGCACAAACUAAAAGGCAGAAUUCUUCUACUGCUGAGUCAUCCAAACAAUGUACGCCUAAUAAAGAUUCAGAGGAUGGUGUUAAACCAUGUAAACGGAAAGCUGAUUUGUGGAAACCCUUAAAUUGCUUGGUUGAAGCUGCAAGCAAAACAAAGUCUAAUAACUCAGACCUACAGGAAGUUCUAGUCCAAAUAAAGAAGCUUGAUGCCCAGGAGGAAGAAGCUCAAGCACUCAAAGCCAUCAUUAAGGAGCAUGGUGAUAAAUUUAAAAUUAAUGGCGAAGAAUCUAACUCGAUUGCAUCACCUUCAGGUUCAGUGAAACCUAGCAGGGGGCAAGGCAUGCGACAAAAAAGAUCAGCUCCCUCCGAGGGAUUGAAUAUUCCACCGCAGACUGUUGUUGAUGCAAACAGUAAAUGUGAUAGAAGAUUUAGUCCAAUUUGGUUCUCAUUAGUUGCUUCUGCUGAGCAGGACGGAGUUCUGUAUGAAAUUCCAUGGUUUGCUAUAUGCGAAAUUGUAAUUGCAUUUUGGGAUGGUAGUUUGCCUGUUUCAUACAUAAAGAGGUAUCUAGUCCAGAAGCUGGGUCUUGUCAGUGAGGCUGAGGUGGAGAUCACAGUGCGUGGUCAGCCAGUGGUUUCAACGUUGCAGCUGCACAACUUGGUAGACUGGUGGUUGCAGACAGCUUCAGCAUCUGAAAAAAUACAGACAACAGUGGGCAGCUCAGCUAAAGAUUUUGUAAUGCUUCUCUCAUACGGUCGUAAAGCUCAGUCCCCAUAA